AUGAAUUUUAUACAAAGGGCAGCUUAUCGUUACGGAUAAAGCAAUCUCUCAAAACUUGAGCAAAUUGGAUUAAGCCAUACUAAAAGUAUCAACUUGUCCAGACCACCCAGAAAUUUCACUCCAGGUUAACAAGCACCAAUUGCUUAUACUGAAUAAUUCACUUAUCCAGAGGACUACAGACCUUGGACAAUUAACUAUAAAAAGGACGGUAUUUUUUGGUUAGUCAUGGGCAUUUCUUGGUUUGCAUAUUUCUCUUAUGAGUUGGCAUACUUGAGAAGGACGGAGCAAGAAGAAAGACCAAACAAGGAGUAUUAUGCUUCUUGA